AAAAGAUAAACAAAAAUAACUUGCUGCCUGUGUACGCGUAAGGGUUUGUUUGAAACGGUUUCUCCUCAUAUUUUACCUACACACUGAACCGAGUUGUAGCCCGGCUGUACUUGUGUCCCUUUUCCUUGGUCAGUACUUCGUAGAGCCGUGUUAAUAUUAACCACCUAAACAUGGAUGUCGUUGCCGUUGACUAACGUUAGCUACUUUGUAAGCCCUUUUAAGUUGUUUCUCAGUAUUCGGCUACAAUGUCUUUAUUCUCUAUACAAGCGAGGAAGCAUACAGCGUAUUAUGACCAUCUCUUGGCGACAUCCAGGACACCGGCCAGAGAGCGUCUGACUGAGCGAAAGGCAGCAGAGACUCCGUUGAGCAAAAGUGGAAUAUCAUCAGGAGAUUCUGUGUGUGACAGCAGCAGAUCUUCGGAUAAAGGCAGGGAGAUAAACAGGACUUAUGUCAUCUCGGCGCUGUCAAAGAGCGGCAGCGGGCAGCAGACGCCUCGCCACGGUCGGCUCACCCUGCAGAGGAGGUCGAGGAAGACCGGGGCUGAAAACGCAGAGAAAACGAUGGGCGACAGCAGCCAGAACAGCACGCCUGCCCCGGAGAAAAGACUGACUCUGCAGCGCAGGAGCAGGACUCGCUCAGCUGGUAAAAACGGGGCCACUGAUGUCAGGAAAGGCGCUCAGGAGUCGCGUUGGGUCACCAGUACUGACCAAAAACCAACUUCAAAAGUCCUAUCUGAAUCAAACAGCAGAACACUCAGUAGCGCAGGUUUAAUCCGUUCGGUUAGUUUGAGGGAAACUGCCCACAACAGCAAAGCAAGAGAAACUGCUGCUCCAGUAGUGGAGUCGACGUACAAGAUGGCACUAAGCAAGACGCCCUCCUAUACAGGUAGGCAGCAGCAAGACAAAGCCAAAACCUUCGCAACUCCCACAAGAACGACCCAGUUUGAGAAAAUCGCUGCAAGGAAAGACGUUUUUGAGAAGCUGGCUGCAAAAGAAGUCCAGUCUGCUGGUUUGCAGAGGCCAAAAUUCCGCACGCAGCAGGCCGAGGACACUAAACCUGUCCCGGCCCCUCGGGUGUGCAAGGCCCCCGCAGGUGUGCAAAAUACAAACGCCGCCCCGCAGGUGAGAAAAACCUCCAGUGUUUUGACCUCGACUCAAAAUGAAGACGUGACCGUGGCGAAGACCUCCACUCCCGCUCCAAUCCCCGCACCGGCACCGACCUACACUGACACCUCUGUCCGGCCCAGCGAGGUUCCCAAGCGGCAAGACUCCCUGAAGAUGGAGAACAGUGCCGUGACGGUUGCAGUGCGAGUCCGUCCUUUCAGUGUCAGGGAGAAGGCCGAGAAGGCGCAGCAGGUUGUCUUCAUGAACAAACAGGAGACAACAGUCCAGCACCCGGAUUCCAAACAGAGCUACUCCUUCACAUAUGACUUCUCCUUCUGUUCCAUUGACGAGACUGACCCUGAGUUUGCCAGCCAGCAGACGGUGUAUGAGACACUGGCCAAACCUCUGCUAGAGAGAGCCUUUGAAGGAUUCAACACCUGCCUGUUUGCAUACGGUCAAACUGGCUCUGGCAAGUCAUACACGAUGAUGGGCUUUGGUGAAGAAGCAGGGAUGAUCCCACGUUUUUGCCAGGAGCUUUUCUCUCGACUAUCCUCCACUGAAAAUCAAGAGGUCACAUGUCACCUGGAGAUGAGCUACUUUGAAGUAUACAAUGAGAAGAUCCAUGACCUGCUGGUGUCCAGAGAUGACCCAAAUCAGAAGAUGAUGCCUCUGAGGGUGAGGGAACAUCCAGUCCACGGGCCCUAUGUUGCUGAGCUCUCUGCGAAUAUGGUGAGCUCUUACAGUGACAUUCAGGGUUGGCUGGAGCUUGGUAACAAGCAAAGAGCCACAGCAGCCACUGGCAUGAACGACAAGAGCUCCAGAUCUCACUCUGUCUUCACCUUGGUUAUGACGCAAACAAAGACAGAGUGUGUGGAAGGAGAGGAACAUGACCACAGGAUCACCAGCAGGAUCAACCUGGUGGACCUGGCAGGCAGUGAACGCUGUAACUCAGCCCAGACCAGUGGAGACCGCCUCAGGGAGGGUGCUAGCAUCAACAGGUCCCUGCUGACCCUGGGAAAGGUGAUCUGUGCCCUGUCAGAGCAGGCCCUGAGCAGGAGGAAGGUCUUCAUCCCCUACAGAGAGUCUGUCCUCACAUGGCUGUUAAAAGAGAGCCUGGGUGGCAACUCUAAAACUGCCAUGAUUGCCACCCUGAGCCCUGCAGCCAGCAGUGUGGAGGAGAGCCUGAGCACCCUGCGCUACUCCCAGCAGGCCCGCAUGAUCAUUAACCUGGCCAAAGUCAAUGAGGACACCAAUGCCAGGCUCAUCAGAGAGCUGAAGGCAGAGGUGGAGAAACUGCGGGCGGCUCAGAUGAGCUCCCAGGGCGUGGAGCCAGAGCGGGUCAGGCUGUUCCAGCAGGAGAUCGUCGCUCUGAAGAGCAAACUCAGCCAGCAGGAGAGAGAGAUUGCAGAAGCCCACCGGGCUUGGAGAGAAAAGCUGGAGCAAGCAGAGAUUCGCAAACGUGAGGAGGCCAAAGAGUUACAGAGAGCAGGGGUGACAUUCAAAGUGGACAACCGUCUUCCCAACUUGGUGAACUUGAACGAGGAUCCCCAGCUGUCUGAGAUGCUGCUCUACAUGAUCAAGGAGGGCCAGACUAGAGUGGGCAAACUGAAGUCUGAGUCGGCCCAUGACAUCCAGCUGGUGGGAGCCCUCAUUGCUGACCAGCACUGUGUCAUAUCCAACAUAAAGGGAACAGUCAGUGUCACUCCCAUGGAAAACGCCAAGACCUUUGUCAAUGGAAAUCUGAUCUCUGAAUCGACUGUACUGCACCAUGGCGACAGGUUGAUUCUGGGUGGAGACCACUACUUCCGCUUCAACCACCCGACAGAGGUGCAGUCUGGGAAGAGAGUGUCAUGCUGGACGGGCUCAGGCGACGGCCAGAAGGACUUUGAAUUUGCCAAGAACGAACUUCUUUCUGCUCAAAGAGCACAGCUGGAGGCUGAGAUUGAAGAGGCCCACGUGAAAGCUAAAGAGGAGAUGAUGCAGGGAAUCCAGAUGGCCAAAGAGGUAGCCCAGAAGGAGCUGUCUGAGCAGAAGGCCCUUUACGAGGACCGCAUCCGAACCCUGGAAAGAGAGCUGGAGGAGGAGAACGAACGGAAGCAUCUCCAGGAGCUGGACCAGCAAAGAGUGGCCACCCAGAUGGAGGAGCUGAAGAUGGCCAAGCUGGAGCUGGAGCAGGAAGUGGACACUCAAAAGAAACGCCUCCGCCUGCACAUGGAGGCUCAGGCAAUGGAGGAGCACCGCAGUUAUCAGGCGAAGAUUGUUGAUGCCCUGGAGGCAGAGAAGAAGAAGCUCAGCAAAGACCUGGAGCAGAUGCAGAAGAAAAGGGCUUUGAGGGAAAACCACACUCCCAGAAAUGUCCCCCCACAGUGGGAUACCAUGAAGCUUUCUUUGAUGAUUGAAGAGGCCAACAAGAUCAGUGCCAAACUGAAGAAAAAUACAGUCUUCAGCAGACAUGAAAGUUCUGACAAGGAGAACCUGAAGCAAAGUGGUGAUCUACAGGUCCGGGUCCAAAACACAAAGCUGGGGAUCACCACCUUCUGGAGCCUGGACAAGUUUCAGAACAAUAUGGCUGCCAUGAGGGAGCUGGACCAGGGGGAUCCCGCCUCGAAAGAUGACGAUGUGUUUUAUGGCCCUGAUGAUGAGUGGGAGCAAGAUCUGUCAGCCUCCUCUGCUUUCACCUCCUCCUUCUCACGCCGAAGGAGCAGGAGCCUGCUGAAGAGCAGGAGGAUCUCAGGGCGUCUCUACGAGAUCCGGGUCCACCCCAUCCAAAGCCUCCAUAACAGCUCCUCACAGUCUACUGGUCUGAUGGGUGUGGCCAAACCUCCCUCCACCCAUCCCAGAACCUCAGACUCCUCCGUGCCUGGCAUCUGCAAGGAGCUGAUUGGCCAUUCGGUGGCCCAACUGCGUGGCUGUAGUGGGACAGAGGAGGGCAUGGCGGACCGGCUGGCCUCUGAUCUAUAUUUAGUGUACAUGGCGGUCCAGACCAUAUCUGAUCUGUAUGACAGCCUGGAUGACAACAGUCAGGAGAAUGUGUUUGUGUGUAACUUGGAGGCUCAGACCCAGCUGGUGAAGGCCACCGCUGCCAUAGAGAGGGCUGUGUUUAUUACCAUGCAGUGGUUGGCGAGUGUCAGGCCCUCCUCCGGCCUGCUUUACACCGUCGCUGAGGAACUCAAGAGCCAAGUCAAGAAGAUAGGAGGAUUCUUCCAGCUUCUCAUUCAGGGCUGCGAAUCUGAGAUUUCUUCAAUGGUGACAGAAGCACAAAGGAAGAGCGGCCAGUGCCUGGAUGGAGCACUGCAGAUGCUCGGCCACCUGGCGGCGGUGACUGGUACACCGCUGAAUGCUGCAGAGCUAAGCGCCCGGGCCACCAGGCAGCCAUCAGUGGCCUUGUCUCUACUAGAGGGGACCAACAAGGGCAUCUGCUCUCUCUUAGAGGAAGGGCUUGUUAUCACAAAGGAAAUGCUGAGAGAAGCUCAGCUGGCCUAUCCCAGAACACCGAUUCUGCAGAACCUAAAAUCUAAGACCUUGACCAGCCUGCACUCUACAGAGGUACAGUCCACUGCCACAUCAAAAAUAUCUGAGAUGAACUCAGACAAGAAGGUGAUGGAGGAGGAGGAGGCCUCGGCCUCUCACCUGCAGAGGCUGAGCAGCACGGCCGCCAGGCUGUUCCACUUCAACCAGGCCAUCAGACAGCUGCACUGCUCCCUGUCCACCGCCCUGCGAGGUAAAGGCAGUAAUUCCAGCCUGAGCAACUGCAGAGAGGCCAUCUCCUCCUCUGCCAAGGCUGUUGAUGAGCUGAUCACUGGUCCAUCCAGUGGGGGAAUAGCGAUGUCCUCCGGCCUGCAGCUGCCCUGCCUCCAGAGCAUCAUGGCAACACGAGACGAGCUCCAUUCCACCCUGCAGUCCCUCACCAUUGCCUUCAACGAGCAAGGAGGAGGCGAGAGCCAAGGCUCCUCUCUGAAAAGAGCACUGAAGAUGGAACCUCAUCCAAAAGAAAGUUUCUCCACUCGCAAUACCUUUAGGAACCAAAUAGUCAUCAAGAAUGUGGGCUCCCUCCCCCCAGGUGUGCUGCCAACGGCAAUCCACACUGGGUGUGAUUGACAGGUGUAUUAAUAUUAUGUGUAACAGUAUGCUUUAUGCCAUGUUGUAAUGCAGGAUUUGCCCUAAAUACAUGCCACCAGCUAGGGGAAAAACAUUGACAUCAGCCUUACAGUCAUAAUAACAAAAGGGACGUGGGAGGAUUUUGGCAGCUCUGAUAUUUCCCAGGCAGCAAACACAGCUCCCAAUCCAAAGUGGAUAAACUUGUCCAAGUGAUAAAAAAUAAAACAGAUAUAGUCACACUAAUUCAAUCAACUUUACUUAUGAAAAACAACCAGUAUCUGCUGCAUUUCUUUUAUGGUUGAUGUUUGAAUUGAUUUAAAAAUAAUUGUAUUAAAUGUGAACAUUCCAGCAGCUUAAAUAUGUAAAGUUGUAGUGACAAGCCAUCAUGUUUUUCCUCUUCUGAUAUGACACCACCACCAUGUCAGUGUGUAUUGCUGGCCAAGUCAUGACUCUUGUCCUCUGAAAACUCUUGAAAAUGUAUUUUAGAUGCAGGGAUUUGUGCAAAGACUUAAGUUACUGUAGUGUGUAGAGAAUUUAAUACAAUAAAAGACGCUGGCUUCAUGUCAUUAGGUAAAAAGGUGAUAUAAAAAUGACAGUGUUUACUUCUGCUGUACAUGGUCGUCCCUGCUGCACUAUAUAUGUUUAUUUGGGUUUUUUGUUUUCUUUGUUUUUUCAAGAACUUUAAUUAUUUCUGUUUCACAGGAUUUAUGAAUAGAGCAUUACAGUACAAGACACAGGGGCUAAUGUACAGUGGGUUGUAAACAUUAGUGGAAGACUGUCCUCUUGCUAGGCUGAGUAUGCUUUGCUUUUUGUAUGCAGGUACAUUUUGCUUAUUUUUAUAAAGCUUGUUUUAAAAGAUACGUAUGUAUUCUGUAAGCUUCUAUGCUGUAUCUCACAUCACACUUUGCACUCAGGACAAAAUUAGGCCUUACAUUUCUGAUAAUGCACUUAAAUGCUCAACACAGCACAACUUUUUUCACUCCUCAGCAAUAGGCCUACUUUAACAAAUCAACUUUGUAUGUCCUUCAAAGCUUUGUAUCUCAUGGUAAAAGUUUGAUAUGACAAAAUCAUCUGGCAACUUGUAAAAUAAAUUAUUGUGGCUUCAA